AUGGCGCUACGAGUAGGAUCCGAUUUGACUUUAGAUUAUCCAGACAAUGCAGAAGCAUGGAUUAGAUGCUUUUCAGCAUCGGCACGUUCAAAGAAAUUAAAAGAUGAGAUAAACGGUAGCUACGAGAUAACAGAUUUAUUUAUAGCAAAUGCAGACAUUGAAGCAAUUAAAAAGAUUUCCUUUAUGGUAUAUCCAGAAGAAUUAGAAAAUAUGAUGUUUGAUGAUAUUAAAACUGUUGUUAUGUCCCAUUUGAGGCCUCAAAAACGACUAAUUAUUGCUGAAAGAGUUCGAUUUUUAGCAUUAAAACAGCAAAACAAUGAAAACAUCGUAUCAUAUGCACAAAGAUUACGCGAAGCUUCACGCUUUUGCAAUAUCGAAAAAUUGGGAAGAGACGGCCAAAGCGUGGAAGAUGAUUUGAUUCAAAUGAGAUUGAUUGAUGGCCUCCAAUCUUCUGAUCAGAGAGUUAAAGAUCUAGAAAUGAUACAGAGUGGAGAAUCGCCUAAACUAGGAGCAUGUAAUGAUUUUAUCAGGCAACUGGAGCAAAUAUCCUGUUUUAGUAUACAAAACAACAUUGAAAACAGCAUAGACCUUCCUUCAGUUAAAUACAUUGAUAAAAAUAAAGAAAGAACGAUUAAAUGCAAGUAUUGUGGCCUUCAACACCCACCUAGGAAAUGCCCAGCAUUUGGGAAGAGUUGCAAAAAAUGUGGGAAGCUGAACCACUUUAAAAAACGUAUGCAAAGCAAACAUUAA